AUGGUGUCUCUCAAUCCGGUUCGCAUUCUGAAACAUGAAGCCGAGGAGGAAAAGGGCGAAAUUGCCCGUCUGUCCUCGUUUGUGGGCGCCAUCGCCAUCGGAGACCUCGUGAAAAGCACCCUCGGUCCGAAGGGUAUGGACAAGAUAUUGGUCGCAAAUGGUCGCAAUGCGGGACAGAUUGAGGUAACGAACGAUGGGGCGACGAUUCUGCGUGCGGUCGGUGUGGACAACCCGGCAGCGAAAAUUCUCGUCGAUAUGUCACGAGUGCAGGACGACGAAGUUGGAGAUGGUACCACAUCCGUCACGGUGUUUGCCGCCGAGCUGAUACGGGAGGCGGAGAAACUGGUGGAACAGAAGCUCCACCCACAGACGAUUGUUGCCGGAUGGCGUCAGGCGACGGAAGUGGCUCGUACCGCACUGCAAGGAGCUGCCACCGACAACUCAGCCAACCAGGAACGUUUCCGGGAAGAUUUGCUAAACAUUGCCCGUACAACACUGAGCUCGAAGAUUCUGUCCCAGCACAAGGAACAAUUCGCAAAGCUGGCUGUUGAUGCGGUAUUGCGUCUGAAGGGAUCCGGUUCACUAACGGCGAUCCAACGCAUUAAGAAACUCGGCGGUUGUUUGGAGGAAUCGUUCCUGGACGAUGGUUUCCUGCUGGACAAAAAACCCGGUGUCCAUCAACCGAAGACGGUGAAGAACGCCAACAUUCUGAUCGCCAACACACCGAUGGACACGGAUAAGAUUAAGGUUUUCGGUUCCUCCAUAAAGGUGGACUCGAUGUCGAAGAUUGCCGAGCUGGAGGUGGCCGAGAAGGAAAAGAUGAAACAAAAGGUUGAAAAGAUCCUAUCGCACAACAUCAACGUGUUUAUCAACCGUCAGCUGAUCUACAACUACCCGGAGCAGCUGUUUGCCGAUGCGGGCGUGAUGGCAAUUGAGCAUGCCGAUUUCGACGGUAUCGAACGGUUGGCUCUUGUGACUGGAGGUGAAAUUGUGUCCACGUUUGAUAAUCCCAAUCUGGUGAAGUUGGGCAAAUGCGACCUGAUCGAACAGGUAAUGAUCGGUGAAGACACACUGUUGCGCUUCUCGGGUGUCCAACUCGGUGAAGCUUGUACGGUUGUCAUCCGUGGUGCGACACAGCAGAUCAUCGACGAGGCAGAACGUUCGUUGCACGAUGCACUUUGUGUCCUGGCCGCUACCGUGAAGGAAUCGCGUGUUGUUUAUGGAGGCGGUUGCUCCGAGACGCUAAUGGCAACGGCCGUCUUCAAACUAGCCGCCGAAACUGCCGGCAAGGAAUCGAUGGCUAUCGAAUCGUUUGGCCGUGCCCUGAUGCAGCUUCCGACGAUUAUCGCUGACAAUGCCGGGUACGACUCGGCCCAGCUGGUGUCGGAACUGCGGGCCGCACAUUCGCAGGGCAAAAACACGAUGGGUCUGGACAUGACCGGCGGUAAAGUGGGCUGCAUGAAGGAGCUGGGCAUCACGGAAUCGUUUGCCGUUAAGCGACAGGUGCUAAUGUCGGCUGCCGAGGCGGCCGAAAUGAUUCUGCGUGUGGACAACAUCUUAAAGAGUGCUCCACGCCGUCGCGUACCGGAUCGUGGCUAUUGCUAG